GGGAGGGUUACUAACUAUAAUUCUUACUAACAACUUGCACGUGUAUAUCGCUAACGUGGCUACAAAGGUGUAGCGGUUGAUACUGUUGCCGGCUUGUAGCAUUCCGUGCCAUCCUUAAUGUGGGGAAUGAUAUAUUAAGAAGUCAUGGAGUCCUUGUGCUCUCGCUUGCGAGGUCUCGCACAGGAUUGUAUUGACAAGCACCUGACUACCUCGGCGAUCUUUUAUGCUGACAAGCUUGUAACAUUUAGCAAUGGCUCUCCCGGAGAUGUAUAUUUGCUGGCGCAGGCAUACUUUGCGGCGCGGCAAUAUCAUCGCGCCUUGUCGCUGCUGCGCACGGCUGGUGUUGUGGAGCUUGGAGCGGAGUUCACCUACCUAGCCGGCUGCUGCCUGGCCGAGGCCGGCGAAUGGGAGGAAGUCAUAGCGCUGCUCGGAGACGAUGAGACGGGGCAAGAGCCCCAUGCGUACGAGGACACGGUUGUGGAGCCGCCUGGCGGCGGCGAGGGCGUGCGGGUGCAGGCGGGCAUGUGCUGCCUGCGCGGGCGCGCAUUUGACGCGCUGGAGAACCGCGGCCGGGCGGCCGUUUGGUACCAGGCAGCGCUGCAGAUGGACCCCUACUGCUACGACGCCUUCGCCGCGCUGGUCGACGGCCACCUGCUGAGCAACGAGGCGGAGGUGGCGCUGGUGGAGGGUCUGCGGGGCGGGCUGGCGGAGGGGGACAGGUGGCUGGGGCUGCUGCUGAGGGCCCGCUGCAAAAAGUACCUGGAUCCAGAGGCCAUAGAAGCAGCCCUGCGGGAAUUGGAGGCGCCCGCGCCGCCGCAGGAAGCGACGACGGCAGAAGCCGACACGGCAGCAGCAGCGGCGGCGGCGGCAGGGUUAGAUCACCCGCCUUACAUGCCGUACACUUCUGACGCAGGCGGCGGCGCCUCAGGCUCGGGUUCCCUGGCGGCGUCGCCGAUACCCUACAUGACGCCGCCGCGUGCGGCCUCGAAGAGCGCCGCUGGCGGAGGCGGUGGCGGCGCCGGGGGCGGUGCUGGCAGCAACACAGCGACGCCGGUUGUGGUGGGG